GUGAAGAAAGGAGUGGAUGUUUCAUUUGGAGAAUGAGCGGAUUUUUUAACUCACUCAAGAGCCUCGCGUCUGGAGCCGCGAACGCUGCUAAGUACCAGGAGGACGAGGACGACGAAGGCGAAGACACAAGAAUGCGUUUCAGUCUGACUCCCCAGCCAGGUGAGAGUGGAUUUACACAAUGGUUGGACGCUAUGAAAAUGGUAGCAAGACUGCCCGAGGGAAUACCGCCUGAGUUUCGCAAGAGGUUGUGGCUGACGUUGGCAGAACGCCACCUCGAGCAGCGCGGGGUGGACUGGAAGCAGGCGGAGAAGUUGUGUUUCAACGAGUGGAGUAAUCCAGAUGAUGAGGAGCUCGGCAUACAGAUUGUGAAGGAUCUCCACAGAACUGGCUGCAGUCUGUUUUGCGGUGCAGCCGGCCGGGACAACCAGGCGGUAUUGCGCCGUGUUUUGCUGGGUUUUGCCAGAUGGAACAAGUCCGUUGGCUACUGCCAGGGACUCAAUGUACUCGCUGCCCUUGUACUUCAGGUCACAGAUCGAGCGGAAUCAUCAGCGGUCAAGGUCAUGAUUUAUCUCAUCGAGGGUGUCCUACCUGAGGGCUAUUUCGCAGAUAAUCUCAGGGGUCUGUCCAUUGACAUGGCAGUUUUCAGGGAUUUACUGAGAAUGAGAUUGCCCAAGUUGUCGAAACAUCUGGAGGCUCUGCAGUGCGAUGCUAAGGAUAAAGCAACAGGCAGCAGUUACGAGCCACCCCUGACAAACGUAUUCACAAUGCAAUGGUUCCUCACCCUCUUCUGCCACUGUCUCCCCCAGGACGUGGUCCUGCGAGUCUGGGAUUUAAUAUUUCUCGAGGGUGACGAGGUCCUUCUAAGAACAGCCCUUGCCAUCUGGGAGGGAAUAUCAGAUCGAAUUAUGACAGUGACAUCCGCCGACGAAUUCUACAGCAUUAUGGGGGUUUUGACGAGAGAAAUGCUCGAAUUCACUGACAUGAAUAAUUUGAUAAAGACCAUUGUCAAUAUGGGACCCCUGGCUGGGGUGACAGAUCUCAGGGAAAAACACAGGUACAAUAUAACCCCUUGGGCGAGACGUCUCAGUGACGAUGAGGACACUGAUACCGAGGAGGAGGAGAAACUGGCUGCGGCAGCUGCUAUGUAUGGCGUUCAUCACAGGCUUAAGAAAGGUUACAAGAAAGGCUCCUCAAUAGCAGCAGGAACACUGCAGGCAAUCAAUCAAGGGGCGGAUAAAGACAGAUUAGCACUUGACAUCAGUACAUUGAAACAUCAGUAUGCCAAGCUGAGAGAGAGACAGAGACAAGCUCACAUCAUUUUAUCCGCUGCCUGCGCGAGACAGUCGAUGGUGACUCCAGCCACAUCCCAAGCAAUGAAUCACCUUCUCGUGGGAAAAAGCGCUCUAGUGAGUGCGAAAACCCGUCAGUUGGGACCGCCCCCGGGUGCAAUACCCCCGAAAUCAAGAUUUGCGCCAUUAAGAAGUCCGAGAAAUCAAAUACGAAAGGAUAAACAGGGGGUGACCUUGCACUGGAAGGAUACGAAGAAGCUAAGGGAAACUAAGAACGAACCUGCUGUGACAGAUGAUGUUGACACAGAUCUGGUACAAUCCCCCGAGGGUAUGUCCGUCAGUCUCAGAUCGUCGAGACGCAGUAGUGCAGACAGUGACAGUGAUAGUACAUCAACCGAGCUAUGCGACGAUCCCGAUCGUCUGAGUGACAGCGAAGAGCCGACGUCAACAUCCGACUGUUAUAUAAUGGCAACAGACGACGAAAGAAGUCCACGAGCAAGCUCCUCUCCCACUCGCAGCAUCCACGAGAUGAUCAGAGAUGGGUCAGUCGAUCCAAACAGAGGUGUGGACCCAGUGGACGUAGAAACUACCGCAUCAAUCGCGACGAUAACCGAUCAAAUAAGAAGGUUAUCAGCUGGCGAUGACAAUAAUUCCAUUGCUCUACCUGUAUCGACGAGUUUUGAUAGAAGAGAGAAUAAAUUGGACGACGAUAACGGGAGCUUCGAUAGGGAGAUCGGGGCGAAGGAUGUUACCUCAGUGCCAGUAGAUAGUGACGAUUUUAUACCUAGUAAUGAGAGCAAAUUAGACAGAGUAGUGAAAUUACAUGAGAAGUACAGUACUCUCGGUGAUGAUGUGCUUAGGGCUGUCGAGCCAACACCAAGUGCCCAAAAGAAAGAUAGUUCGGUCGAUGGAAAAUUCAGAAGCGAUCUAGACAUCAAGUACCUCUCGAAAUCGCUGGAUUUGUCUGGGGAGAUUGAGAAAAAGUUGUUGGGUAAAGUUGCCUCACCUGAGGAUAAUCCUGUUGACAUGAACUAUUACGCGAGGGGUUACGUUAUAGGGCACUUGCCGAUAUCCCCGAUGACUGUCGACCAGAAGCUGAGUAAAUUAGGGGUGACAACGCCGACCUGUGUGACGUCGAUGAUUGAAGAGCCGAAGAUCCCCGCAAUCAUCCAAUCUAGAGUGUCUCAUUUGAGUCUCGAUUACCCCCAGAGUCUAAAGCCCUACGAAGACAUGAAGAGGAGCCCGAAGACCCCGGAGAGUGCGAAGUCCUUCAGCUCUGGCGAGACGAUGGGUCCGGACUCAAAGGUCUCGAGUCUAACUACAAGCCCCAGAACCCCAGUCAGAGCAGAUUCCUGCAACCUCAGGAGUGACAAGUCCCACUCGUCAGCGAGCUCAGACGACAAGACACUAACGAUGAAAUCCAUCGACUCCGAUAUCGGCCCCUCACGAUCGAAGAUGGAGUCAAGAUGCUCCUUGGAUAACGUGAGCCCCUCGACCCCGAUCAGCCUCGACUCGCUGAGGAAGUCAGAAAUAAGUCCGACUAAGAUUGUUGUCAGCAGCUCGAGUGAGUCCUACUGUCCCGGACCCAUAAAAUCCACGGAAUUAUCGUCGCUCAGCUCUGAGCUUCACUCGUCAACAAGUGCCAACUCAAUAAAAUACACGUCCGCCUACAAGAACUCAGAGAAUCUCUCAGAAACUCCGGUGGAUCUCCAGGUAACAUCCCCGUUCUACCCGAUCUCCUCUCCAGAACAGAAGGCAACAUCGCCAAAGAACCCAACGAAGACCGACGCUGUGGAGCCCUUAACCUACAAACUAGAAGAGUCCUCAAGGUUUUCCAAGGCUCCAGACCCAAAGAUCCCUAAAAAAAUCGACGACUACGACUCCGGUAGACCCUUCGAGGCAGAACUAGCCCUAACUCUCUCAUCAAAGUCCGAAAGAACUCCGUCAACAAUUAUCGGAGUCCACCAGCGAGACUCGAGUAAAGACUCAAAGCUCGAUAAGUACGAAAAGAAGCUCAAAAACGAGGAGUUGGAGGAACGUUUACUGGAGAACGAUACAGUCUCCCCCCUCCCACGGGACAAAUACAUGACCCUGAAGUUAUCCAGGGACAAUUUGGAGGAUCUUCCUUCGCAGAAAAGAACCCCAACGAAGUUUGAGCGCAGCUGUAGUGUCUUGGAGAAGAAAUUUACAGAGAUGAAGUUGUCGACCUCGACGGAGGACUUCAUCGGCACGAAGAAGCGUUCGAGUGAUAUCCUAGAUGACUUGCGACACAUGGAGGCAACAGCCUUAGAGAGUAGUGUCACGGGCGACACAAACAUGACGAGAAAGACUGGUUACGACUGGGAAGAUCUGAAGAGUCUUGAGGCAAGACGACAGGACACGUUCAGCGACUCAGCGAGUGGAUUUUCCCCGGCUAGAUUGGACCUGCCAGGGAUAACAGUAUCGAAUGAAGUUAGAAAGACGUACGUUGUGGAGCCUAGGAUCCAAAUGGACGAAGGUAGUGACAGUAUUCUAAAGAACUACACAAAGAGAAAAGAGACUGGUGAGCCCGAUGACGACAGAGAGUCGAAGCUUGGUGUUUGGACGAAGGUCAAGCCCCGUAAGAGAGGAGAAAAUGGCCGUCGCAGCAGCAGCGACAGAGCCCUGAAGAUAAUCCAGGAGAACUCAGCUAUUCUCCACAAGAUCCUGACGUGCCAAGCUAAGAAGCGUCUCCCAGAUCUCGAGGAAAUAUCGAAAGAAAUCACGAUAAGUCCGAUAAACGAGGAGAUCUCAAAGAUCUUCAGCCCGAUUCUAGAAAAGAUGGGACUCAACGAACACGAGAUCAACGAGGAGUUAGCCAGGAUAAACUUGAAGGAUUUCGACCAGAUGAAGGCAACAAAUGGCUCCGAGUUCGACGCUAAGAUGCACGAUGAGCUCUCAAAACUCUCGAUAAUUGAUGAUAGCGAGGAGAUCAAUCACCUAGAUGUAGACGAGAUAAUAGCAGGUGAUUACUUGAACACAAGAGAAGCCUUGAUCGACAAGCAGAUAAACGAGGAGCUAUCGAAAUUGCUGGCUAACUACGAUGAGCCGUCACCAAUUAGUCUGGAUACCUACGACAAGAGUUCAUCGGGCCAGAAUGACAUCGAGGAGAUGGAUUUGACCAGCAUCUUCACGAACGUCUUCUCCUACAACUCCUCCAACGACUCCAUUGAGACCAAAAGCGAUCUUGAAUCAAUCCAAGACACUUCGACAGUAGAAAAAUUCCACCACUACCCAGACAUCACACAGACCUAUGAACCUCCAAGAAAGUACGAUCUCCAUAGCGUUGAGGGUCUCUCCCCGAAAAGUGACAUUGACAUCUACCGUGAACUAGAGAAGCUCAAUAAAAUCUCGUCAGUCCACGUUCUUCCCACCCUGAGUCUCUCUCAUCAGAUCAUCUCACGAGGUGCUUAUGGAUCAGACUUACCGUCCUACGAGCCACAACUACCGUCCUUAGAUUACAUGAAACCAGAGAAACCCUUCGAGGAUUCCCUAGAAAGUCCGUACGACACGUACAAACCCUACGAUUUCGCCACAUCAAAGGUAUCACCCCUCAAACCCUCAAAUCCCUUUCCUCAGACUUAUGAUAAAUCAGUGCACGACGAGGGUCUGGGACUUCUCGGUAAUAUUGAUCGACCUGGUAUGAGGAAAUAUGAGAUUGGUAAACGUCAGCUGUUAUCCAAGGAGACACUGGAGUUUCGCGUUAGGUAUGACGAGGAUAAUGUACCGAGCGAGGAGAUACGGGAGGAUUUAUCAUACAGGGGUUAUCCAGGGGAUCUGGAUCGUGGAGUGUCGUAUUACGAUGAUGAGCCAGUGUCGAUCAAUCGCAUUAACAAAGACGAGAGGACAUUACCAUUGGCCUCGCCCUUAGAUCACUCAUACGAGAAAUCCGAGUAUAGGGCGAAGUACCUUGCUAAAUCCCCCGAGGAUUACUUUCCGAAAUCUGAUUACGAGAGGAAGAGCUAUAAACUGACUCCCAUCAACGAUGACCUUGAGAUUGGCUCGUACCUUCCGAUGACACACCGAAGGGAUCUCUCCCCUAAUUAUCAAUUCGAGGAGAAGAGUUAUGGGAAAACUGGCAGCCUCUACAACUCGAAACUCUCGAGUCUCGAUGAUGUCGAGGGAAAGACCGGUGAGAUGAGUGAUGAUCCUGGCAGGAUGCAGUUUGAAGCACCGUCUAGGGAGUCGAUCGCUUACCGGAAAGCCUCGAUGACGCUCGGACCGUUGGAUGGCGUCACCAGAGUCUCUGGUGAGUACGAUACUGGGGCCAGUCCCAAAGGUCAGUUCAAUCCAUUUCCAGUGAGAAAUAUCACGAGAAAACCGAAGGAAUUGGGACUCAAACUUGGGUUGUACUCGCCUUCUAGUCCGGGGGCUAGUCAGGGGAAACGAUCGUAGUUUAUUGGAGUUUUUACAUUACGAUUUUGUGAUUUUGGGAUAAUUUAUGGAUUGCACUGUUCUAUGAGGUUGUUUUUUGCGGGGUCGUCAAAAUUCCUCGAAGAUCAAUCCUGUAGAAUUUCCUACUGAAGAUUACCUAAGAAACCUACGAAAAGUCUGAGCACAGGGCGAGGAACCACGCGAAAUUCCCCGAGGAUUACUUCCCGAAAUCUGAUUACGAGAGGAAGAGCUAUAAACUGACACCCACCAACGAUGACCUUGAGAUUGGCUCGUACCUUCCGAUGACACACCGAAGGGAUCUCUCCCCUAAUUAUCAAUUCGAGGAGAGGAGUUAUGGGAAAACUGGCAGCCCCUACAACUCGAAACUCUCGAGUCUCGAUGAUGUCGAGGGAAAGACCGGUGAGAUGAGUGAUGAUCCUGGCAGGAUGCAGUUUGAAGCACCGUCUAGGGAGUCGAUCGCUUACCGGAAAGCCUCGAUGACGCUCGGACCGUUGGAUGGCGUCACCAGAGUCUCUGGUGGGUACGAUACUGGGGCCAGUCCCAAAGGUCAGUUCAAUCCAUUUCCAGUGAGAAAUAUCACGAGAAAACCGAAGGAAUUGGGACUCAAACUUGGGUUGUACUCGCCUUCUAGUCCGGGGGCUAGUCAGGGGAAACGAUCGUAGUUUAUUGGAGUUUUUCCAUUACGAUUUUGUGAUUUUGGGGUAAUUUAGGGAUUAUCCUGUUCUACGGGGUUGUUUCGUGCGAAGAUUACAUUUCGAAAUCUAAUUACGAGAGGAAGAGCUGUAAACUGACACCCAACAAUGAUGACCUUGAGAUUAGUUUAUACUUUCCGAUGAAAUCUAGGGCUGCUUCGUACGGAGUUGUCGGAAUUCCUCGGAGAUCAAUCCUGUAGAAUUUCCUAGCGAAGAUUAUCCAAUAAACUUUCGAAAUAUUUGAUCAAACAUUUGGAGCGGUCUAACCCGAUUGUCCACUGGCAGUUGAACCUUCAACGGGGCAUUUGCUACUUCUAGAUGCAUUCGAAAAAAUAACUAACAGCUGAGUACAAAGAGGAAUGAUAACUCUACUGCUCCCAUGAUUUUGCAUCGUAGUUGAUUUUCCCCUAUCAAAUUUAAAAGUUUUCUUCGCCACCGUUAAUUGACAAUGGCUCCAGUUACAGUAUUUUUUGCUCGCCACCAUUUGAUAAAUCUAUCAGCCAUCAAUUAACAGAGGGCAUGAAUUACGUGGGGAUGAAUGAUGGUGCAAUCAAGUCAAUUAUCAAUUUCUGAUAAUUGCUGACUCCCCGUUGAGAAAAAAAUACCCCAGUGGGGUUUUUGUUUCAUCUCCGACUAAUUGUCAAGUGUACAAAAUGGAAAUGUAAUUUUUGUUUGUCACUACUGUUAUUGUUUUUCCAAUGUAAAAAAGUCUAAUGGCAAUUGAGGAUCGAGCCAAACAGAAAGUAUUGGUGUGAGGAUAUUUGAUAGAUUACGAGUGUUUUUGAACUGAUAAUGGAUGAAAGAGUGAAUAAAAGGCGAUUGAUGGGAGAAUAAUUGGAGUGUGUAUAGAUAAAAUACGGCGGUUAUCGUAAUUAUGAUGAGAGUGGCAAAGGGUGCUGUUAGCUAAUUACCAAUUGAUUCCGAAAAUGAUGAAAGUCUGGUGUAUUGAUAUUGAUCAACUCACUGGAGCAUGUCCGAGGCAAUUGACGGUAAAUAACUGAAAUGGCAAUGGAACGAUUAAAUGAUUGAUAUUAAUCGAUGAAUAAAUUUGUGAUGCUUCGUUGUCAAACACUGUAAAUAUUUAUAGUCUACGAGCACGAUUAACUGCGGAUACAAGACUGUAAUAUAAUUGAAAGAAUAAAGCAUUAUAUAAGAGAUUAUAAUUAACAAAAGAGAA